AUGUAUGAUCACAAUGGAGCUGAUACAUUUGUGGUGAAUGGGUAUCGUUUGAAGCCUUACCAUGAACAACUUGCUGAAGUAGAAAAAGAGAAGGAGGAGUGCCACCUUCUCGAUCCUACGGAGAAAAAGGGGCGGGAGGAUGUCCCCGCUGUAGAUGAACAGGAGGUUGAGAAAGAAGCCUCAGAAGAAAUGGUCGAGGCACCGAAGAAGCAAGCCGAGGAAGAACAGCCUGAACUCACCACCCCGCCAGCAAAGAAACCCAAGAAGGCCCUGAAGAAACCAACUCCCGUUCGAUCUUCUGCUAAAGAGCGGGAAAUCACUCUGGUACCCCCUUCACCAUCGGAACCUGCGCCAUCUUUGGAGGAAGAAAAGACGGCAUCAGGAUCUGAGGAAGACGAAUAA